AUGAGCAGUAUCACGAUAGCCGUCAGAAAGUAUGCGUCCAGGCUGUUCUACAUUGCAGUGCAGGGAGGCUUCACUGUUUUCAACUACGUCACAGCGUCACGAUACUGGUCUCCGAAGACAUACCCAGACAGCUUCAAAGCGCUCCCGUCGAAACCAUAUCUAUAUGCGAGCCGCAUCUAUCUACCAGCCAAAAAUGAUUGCAGUGCUAUCAGACUUCCGCUCGUCAUCCAAGUUCAUGGCGGAGGUUUCAUGAUCAACAAUCCUAGCGCCGAUGAUCCAUUGGCUCGCUUUCUGGCCGACAACGUUGGUUGCGUUGUAGCCAACAUCGACUAUCGCAAAGCGCCUCAACAUGUGUUUCCGGCUGGAUACGAAGAUGUAGUAGCGGUCUCCCGAGCUUUGAUCGAUAGCCAGGACCACGAUAUCGAUAGGACCCGAGUUAUUCUAACUGGAAGGUCAGCAGGUGGCAACCUCGUCUUGGCAGCCUGCCAGGACAAGCGUCUGAGGUCGGAUCUCCUGGGAGUGCAUGCUCUCUACCCAUGUUGUGAUUUUCGAAGUCUGGCGAAAGACAAGAUGGCCUCACGACCUGACCCUACAGUACCGGAUGGCCUGGGUAAAGCAUUGGACGAAGUAUCGAGACUUUACCUUGGAUCUAUGGAAAGAGUGGAGCAAUUUGAGAACGAUGUACGACUGAGUCCUACAUGCUUCAGUGCGCGAGCGGAUCUACCGGAGCAUGUGUACUUGGUUGGUGCUGACCAUGACCUGCUGUGUGCGGAGGCGGAGAGUAUGGCUCAGCAGCUGGCACUUGGUGCUGAAAGACGAGUGACGAGCAAUGGAUGGGAGGCUGACGGUGUGAAAUGGGAUCGAGUUAAGGAUGAGACUCACGGCUUCGAUAUAUUUGGGUCACGUGGUAAGGAGUUUGAAGAAGCUCGAUUGAUGCAUAAAGAAGAGACGUAUCGGGCUAUGGCGGACUGGAUGAUCAAAGUGUUCGAUGUGAAGCGAUAG